UAUCAACUUUUAUCACGGUUCGGCGCCAAAUGACAAACUUAUUUUAUAAUAAUUAAUUAAUUCAUUCAUUCAUUCAUUAACUAGUUAACUCAUUAAUUAAUUAUAGGUUUUAGAUUCUACCCAAUUUUCUUAUUACAUUUAUCGUCAGGAUAAAAUUAUUUUGAAAAUUUUAAGAUCCCAAACUACAAAUCAGAUACAAGAACGACAGCGACACUAGCGACAACCACAACGACGACAUGUUUCUGCUGUAGCCAGAGCAGCGUAAGUUGCCACUACAGGGACUACCUCAAUAGCUAAAGAAUCAGCAACGACCGAAACAACAUUAAUCAGCAAUCUCAACUACAACCACAACAACCAUACCAACAACUACGACAUUCGCAGCAUUAGCAGCUGCAUCACCCAUUUCAAAACCUCUACCAACAGUUUUAAUAAUUGACUAAAUUCACUAAAAAACCACAUCUAAACAAUUGCGGGUACUGGGAGUUGAGAAAUUGGCAAAAGCAACGGGGCUGAGAGACUAAGAGUGUUUGUGUAACAACAACAACAACAACAACAACAACAACAACAACAACAACAACAACAACAACAACAACAACAACCAAAUUGAUUGACAUGGCUUCUUGCGACGUGUUAAACGAAGGAGAAGUGAAAAUCUAUGGAAAUAACAACAACGAAAGCAUCAUCAUCAACAACAUGGUUGGAAUUGAUGUGGAAGUUAUCAUUUCGGAGAAUAUGGACAAUCUUAACAUCAUAAUCAACAGACUAAUUACCGACGAUGGCGAGGACAGCUGCGACAGAAUGGAGAUGAUUAGGAACUAUUUUACAUGCGUCGAACAUGUAACCGAUAGUCUCGAAUAUUUAGAGAAUUACUCAUUUGCCGAUGAAGAGAGUGAAAACGAGAGUUCAAUCAACAUAAACACCAACACGUUCGGCCCGGCCGCCAAGGUUUCAAUCUCGAACAACUGCAACACCAAUAGUAACAUCUACAUCACAAACGAGCCGGAUCAGAAUAGGGAUAUCUCCAUCACCAACAACUGCCACAACAAAGAUAUCAGACUCGACUCAGAUGGCCUCAACAAAAUUGACAUCACGGCCAACUGCUACAACCGCAAAAUCAUCAUAAACCUCAGUCACUCGGACAAACGCCUCAUCAUCAAAAACAACAAGAAAAACAAGUACAUCGUCAUUAACACUAGCAGCAGAAAGAUCAUUCGAUUUAGUUUCAACCAUCUCAACGGUGGAAUCAUCAUUAACAAUCUAAAAACGUUAUUUUGAGAUAGUGUAGAGGUUAAGGACGCUGGCCUCCUUGUUACAGUAGCAGGGUUUGAAUGCAAACAGAUUCCUGAUGGCAGCACGUAAUGUGCCUAAUGCGUGGAUCCACAAAUAUCAUGACUUAAUUUUUUCUAUAAAUACUAUGACAAUGUUACCAUAUAAAAAUGUAAAUAUAUAUAUAUACACACACAAACACACACACCCACACCCACACACACACCCACACACACACACACACACACACACACACACACAUAUAUAUAUAUAUAUAUAUAUAUAUAUAUUUAUAUAUACAUGUUUGUGUG